AUAACUUUACUCGAAAUUCCUAACAAAUUAACUUUUUCAACGGAUGAACAAUCAACAAUUAUCUAUAAAAGAAUUCCGUCCAUGCUCAAAUUCCAUUUCCGUUUCAAACGUUCUCGUUUCAUUCCAUACGUUACGAACAAUAAUCAAAAUCUUGCUCCUCCCCCAACACCUCGCCUAAUGGAACUAAAUUGGCCAAUUCGUCUGCUCAACAAUUGGAGUAAAGCUUCACGAUUAACGAGACGUGAUUUCGCCUUCACGCUUUUUAGAGAAACUCGCGUUAAUGACGGUCUCUCGCGAUCUUAAAGAACGGGGAUACGCUAAAGAUCCCGUUUAGUCGAGCAACCGAGCAACGCCAUGAAUCGUCGAACGCUGCUCCUUUUAUUCGCCUUGCUUCUGAACGCCACCUUCCCGACUCUCGGCCUCGAAACACGAAACGCAACUCGAGACGAGGAACGCGCGACUCCUGUCCAACACUCGCUCGAGAAAUCCUCCUCCUCCUCCUCCCCGAUCAAGGAGCAAGCGGAUCGAUUCCCUUUGGAGCCGAAUUCCACCACCAUCACCACCAUCACCACGAUGGAAACGUAUCGAAAACUGACGUUGUCCAUCAACGGGGAGAACGUGACCAGGGAAGAGUUUCGACCGAGCUUUCAUCUGGGCGAGAUCAAAGAGUCCAGAAUCAACGACCCCUUCGACGCUCCACGCCGUUUCAACGAGGGAGGGGCGACGAGGGACGAGUCGUACGACUCGAAACGCUUGGCCCUCGAGCCGAUCGGUCAAAAUUUAUACGAGACCGUGGAGGAGGAGGGGAGGCUCGAAGGGGCGCGAAAGGAUCGCGUCACGUUCCGCGACGAGGUUCCCGGAUACGACAGGGGCGAAGACACGCAAUCACUCGAGCCGCAGGGCCAACAGAUUUUCGAGCAGGGGGCGGCGAGUUGGGGCAAACCGUCCAAGUUUCACUCGUACGCCGAUUCGACAACCUCGAACGCGCCGUUUCCUUAUUCGACAGCGUUUCACGAUCGUCCAAGUGAACAGGCGGGCUCGCUCGAUUUCCAGAAGCCGGGCGACGGGCUGGUUUACGUCCAAGAAUCCUCGUUCACCAGGACCAGAACGUUUCCUUACACCGUUUAUCAGCCACACGGAUAUCAACAGGUCGACGUCGUCGGCCCAUCUUAUCCCGUUAAGAAAAGGGUGGAACCCUGGACGAAGAUCCUCCACUUGAUCGGCACGAUCCUGCCCCUUGGCCUGCUCAUAGCUGCCCUCACUCCGAACGUGGUCAAGGUCGACAACGCCACCCAGCCCAAUAUCGUCCUGUCGAAAUGGAGGGUCGCCGAGCUACCGGUCGAGCACAAACAGGCGCGAUUCGUGGAUACGCAGACGGAGGAUUGCGAGGAGAGAUCCGUUUGCCGCGUGAUCCUUGCUGGCGGUGACGCCGGAUCGACCGUGUUGCAGAAUAUCUUGUGGAAUUUGGCGACCAGAACAUCGACUGCAACGGCGAAGAAGAGCGGUCUUCACGAAGUUUUCAAAGCGGUGAAGAAGAGGGAUUGCGCCAACGUCCCCUGCCAAUCUCCCCUCUGAUCUCGAAUCAAGAAAAAAAAAAGACAACGGUAACAGUGUUAAAUACACGGAUGCGAGCAAUUUUCCCCCGGUGAAAAAUUGAAGCCAACUGCUACAUUACCGACGUUCAACUUUCUCCAAACGAUAGGAUAAUAAAAAAAAAAAAAAAAUAAAAGGCGAAGAAACAGAAGUGUAGAAACUCCGAGCGUAAAAGUAGCUACCGACUCUUUAUUUAUUCAUUCAUAUUUUUUUUUUUUUUCACAAUUGCGAACGAGUUUGUAUCCACUCUAUCGAGUUCUAUCGAAAGUCCGUGUGACUCUUGCUGUUGUUCGAAAGUGAGGAAAGAUCGAGCGAACAAGGGAGCAGCUUUGACCGAUUAUCGAUGAAACGAUUAUCCUCUGGCAUCUCUGUUUCGCCUCGUGCUCGCCUCUGCUCGAUACACAAGCGAAAGUAGUCACACUUGCGUGCAACUAGGUCGACUAUAUACACGUGUUCUAUGUUCGGGAAUUUUAUGUCUACGGAAUUUUCAACGAGAUCAAAAUCGAAAAAUUAUCUAUCUGUUUGGAAAGGGAUCAUCGAAGAUAAAGAGAUUUUUAUUUUCCGAACGAUUAAAUGUAGACACAGGUUUUAACGGAUCGAGGACGAGUUUUUUCGCGAAAGCGAAAAGUAGUUGAGUUUCCAUCAUCGAUGGCGUUGAAAACGUUAUUAAAAAGAGAGAGAGAGAAAAAGUCUUGGAUAUUUCGAACGAUUCAUUUCUCCAUUUUCUCCUUCGUAAACUUCUCCGGAUACGUUCUUUCGUCGCCUUCGAUCGAUCCUUUCACGUGGCCAUCCGCUCGAUCCAAUUUCUCGCUCGAUGCGAAAAAAGUAUAAUAUCGAUCCUUAUCGACGACGUAUUUAAAAAUUACGCUUCGACGAUCCACUAAACGAGACGAGCGAGAUCGGUCUUCUCUUUCCCACGAGCGGUCGUUUCUUCACGUCGUCGACAAUUAAAUGCCACGCACGCGCCAAGUGGUCGACAAAGGAAUUAACGAGGCAAAGAAGAGGUCGCAGUUGUCGAUCGAAAGAAAACAAAAAUAAAACGUUCCCACUCGAGAAGAAAGAACACACCGUGGAACGUGGAAAGUUCGCCAAUUACGCCCACUUAUCUCUAAUUAUCCUCUAUUUCCUCCUCCCCUCCCUUCUUCCUUAUAAUAAUAAACACACUUUCGCGGAAUUCCCUGUGUCUGUUUUACGACGACACGGUGGAUAAAGAUCGGUCUUAGAUGGCGGAUAAGAUAAGAAAGUUUCGAACGUGAGCAUCGAAAGUGAGCCACUUUUUAUCGAUCGUCGUUCCACUUUUAGAUCCUCUGUCUAUAACGCGUUGGUAAAAAAAAAAAAAAAUGAAGAAUAAGCUGGGAUUUCCGGCCAUCAAGUCGGCGAUGCAGAUGUGCAGUGCACACUCGUUCCAACUUCUUAUCGUCCCGGGAAUUGUGUUAACGAGACGACUUUAAAUGGCUUUUGCGCGAUAAACGAUUGGAGAAACGAUUUCUGUGUGCUCGCGCAACGUUACGGGACUCCAAGUUUUUCUUCUAUUUCUCUCUCUCUCUCUUUCUCUCUUUCUAUGUGUGGAAUACUUUUUAAGAGUUAUCUUAUUAAAAAAGAAAAAAGAUCGAUGUUUUAAAAAUCGGUUGCUUCGAAGAGUACUAGUUAAUGAAUUAAUCGAAUUGAUCUAGAUUUUUCCUUUCAUAGACGGGGAACACAACAACAAGUUUUUACAAGUGCAAAUAUAAAUCGAAGAAAGGAAUCAGAUGCAACGAUUGUCGUUCCUUCCAUUGUCGUUCUUUGCUUAACAUUCCCUUCCUUUCGCGCGAGAUUACACGCUUAAACGCUGUUGUAUCAAAAGGAUGCAAUUUUCGAGAUUGCACGGUAUGAAUCGAAGGUCGGAUCGAUUUAUUAAGAAAGAGUGUAAGAGAUGUUAAACAACUUCUAAAAAAAAAAAAACUAAACGAUUAAAAAGUAUUAUUAAUUUAUGCAAAAACGAGACGUGGUUUUCCAACCAGUGUGGAAAUCGACAAGCAUAUAAACGUCGAUAUCGAUCUCCUACGAUAGGAAGAACGUUGACGAGCACAAUUGGAAGGAUUUGAAUAAUUUUCGAUUUUCGUACCUCCGCUUUCUCUUCCCCGGCGAAUUUCCUCGAUAUUCCGUUUUUCUUCCCUCUCCUUCUCCUUGCAAAUUUUAUUCUUCAACUGAUUAUUUCGCAAAGGCGAUCCUUGGAAUGGCGGGUAUGAGGACGCGUGGGCUCGUCUUCCCGAGGUAUGUCAAGGAAAACGAGCGCGACGAGUUGAACGAUAUUGGAAAACGUACGUAGAGGCCUUCGUGAAUCGUGUCGAGAACAAUGGGUACACGCGUUUAUUAUUCUUUAACGAUGCGGAGAGGUCGCUGAAUUCUAUCGAAGGACGUUGUCCGACGUUGAGAAUGUCCAUAAUACGAUAUUGAAACGAUGGACGAUAUUAUCUUCUUUCGAAAUUAUUUCUUUCUUAUCGAAAUAUCACGGGAGAAUCGAAUUGGCAGAAUUAUUUUUUCAAUUAUUCUUGGAUUGAAUUUGAAUAUUCGAUAUUCAGAAAAGAAUAUGGCGAGAAAAAUUGUUUACAAGUAAAUUUUGCAAGGUGAGAAACUAGAAUAGGAAAUAUAUUUCUCACACGUUGAUCGAGUGUGCAUAAGAACAUGCGGUAAUAACGAAGCAUAAAUUUCUCACAAGAAAAAUAAAUAUACGGGCGAGGAAAAAAAAGUGUGCCGUGUAAAAUGGACAAGAAAGCAAAGUAAAUCAUUCCCAGCUUCCGAGACCACUUAAACGGUUGUUGCGAGAAAAAGAAAGUGGCCGAUCGUCUUCUCUCGGCAACGUGGCGUUGCGACCUUCCUCGACCUUCCGGAAUCCGAUGCCACGCCAGUGGCGGGCAAAAUUUAAUGGAUCGAAGUUACGAAUUUAUCGUUCGGAACGUGAUAAUAACAAUUGGAAAUAAUUUGUAAUAAGAUCAAUUAUAACGGUUACGAAUAAAUGUUAUUCAAUGUUAUUUUCAAUUUUAAUAAAUAAUCAUUCGAAGAAA